UUUCUGUCUGGAACAGGAAGUGAAACCUGCUACUGCUGAGUGCUUGUAGCACUUUGUUCAGAAAGUUGGGCUGCCUUUGACGGCUCCGGGGCUUUGAAAGAUGGACAGCCAAGGAAGAAAGGUGGUGGUUUGUGAUAACGGAACAGGGUUUGUCAAGUGUGGCUAUGCCGGAUCCAACUUCCCAGAACACAUCUUCCCAGCACUGGUGGGCAGGCCCAUCAUCCGCUCCACAGCUAAAGUGGGCAACAUUGAGAUUAAGGAUCUGAUGGUGGGAGAUGAAGCGAGUGAGCUGCGCUCAAUGCUGGAGGUCAACUAUCCCAUGGAGAACGGCAUCGUCAGGAACUGGGAUGACAUGAAGCACUUAUGGGAUUACACCUUCGGUCCGGAGAAGCUCAAUAUCAACUCACGCAACUGCAAGAUCCUCCUCACAGAACCUCCCAUGAACCCGACCAAGAACCGUGAGAAGAUUAUAGAGGUCAUGUUUGAGACAUACCAGUUUGCAGGUGUUUACAUCGCCAUCCAGGCUGUUCUGACGCUUUAUGCUCAAGGCCUGUUGACAGGGGUGGUGGUGGAUUCAGGCGAUGGAGUCACCCACAUUUGUCCUGUGUAUGAGGGCUUCUCUCUGCCCCAUCUUACAAGGAGACUGGAUAUUGCAGGACGGGACAUUACACGCUAUCUCAUUAAGUUGCUCUUGCUGCGAGGUUACGCCUUCAACCAUUCAGCUGACUUCGAGACGGUACGCAUGAUGAAGGAGAAGCUCUGCUACGUGGGAUACAACAUCGAGCAGGAACAGAAGCUUGCUCUGGAGACCACCGUACUGGUGGAGUCCUACACGCUCCCUGACGGCCGGGUUAUUAAGGUAGGAGGGGAGCGCUUCGAGGCCCCAGAAGCUCUCUUCCAGCCCCACCUCAUUAACGUGGAAGGGGUCGGAGUGGCUGAGCUUCUCUUCAACACCAUUCAAGCGGCAGACAUUGACACCAGGUCCGAGUUCUAUAAACACAUUGUUCUGUCAGGAGGAUCCACCAUGUACCCUGGUCUGCCCUCUCGACUAGAAAGGGAACUUAAACAGCUUUAUCUAGAGCGGGUACUGAAGGGUGAUGUUGACAAGCUCUCGAAAUUCAAGAUCCGGAUCGAGGACCCUCCCCGCCGCAAGCACAUGGUGUUUCUGGGUGGGGCGGUGCUGGCUGACAUCAUGAAAGACAAGGACAACUUCUGGCUGACGCGGGAGGAGUAUCAGGAAAAGGGUGUGCGCAUUCUGGAGAAGCUCGGCGUCACCGUCAGAUAAACACGGAUGCGCUUCUCGGAAAAAACAUCCCACGACCCUGGCAUCUCUUUUACAUCACCCGUCUCUUUUGUUCAGCCUGUUCUGCCAGUGAAUCAUGUCAUCAGGUGUGGAUUUAUGGGUUUGGAUUAUGAAGGGUACUGGUGGUUUUCUGUUGUGUUGUGUUUGGCCCUCUGUCACUGCACUGACACAUGUGACCCUGGAGCACAAAACCAGUCAUAAGUUGCUCUGGGAUAUUUGUAGCAAUAGCCAACAAUACAUCGUAUGGGUCAAAAUGAUUAAUUUUUCUUUUAUGCCGAAAAUCAUUAGGAUAUUAAGUAAAGAUCAUGUUCCAUGAAGAUAUUUUGUAAAUUUCCUACUGUAAAUAUAUCAAAACUUCAUUUUUGAUCAGUAAUAUGCAUUGCUAAGAACUUCAUUUGGACAACUUUAAAGGCGAUUUUCUCAAUAUUUUGAUUUUUUUUGCACCCUCAGAUUUUCAAAUAGUUGUAUCAGCCAUAUAUUGUCCGAGCCUAACAAACCAUACAUCAAUGGAAAGCUCAUUAAUUUGAAAAAAAUUGACUCUUAUGACUGGUUUUGUGGUGUUUGUGUGCUGUCGACACAGCAUUAGUGGCGAUCGGAUCAUUCCUGCUUUGCAGUACAUUUUCUUGUCCCCUUCAUAUAAUGUAGAAUAUAAAUAUAAUUUAUAUCAUUAAUAUAUAAUUAUAUAUACUACCAUUCAAAAGUUUGGGGUCACUAAGAUUUUAUAAAUAGUCUUUUCUGCUCACCAAGGCUGCAGUUGUUUAAUCAGGGAUGCAGUAAAAUAUUUUUUUAAAAAUUGUGAAAUAUUAAUACAAUUUAAAAUAACUGUUUUCGGUUUGAAUAUAUUUUAAAAUGUAGUUUAUUCCUGUGAUGCAAAGCUGAAUUUUCAGCAUCAUUACUCCAGUCUUCAAUGUCAUUAUCCUUCAGAAAUCAUUCUAAUAUGCUGAUUUGCUGCUUAAGAAACAUUUAUUAUUAUUAUCAAUGUUGAAAACCAUUUUGCUGCUUAAUUUUAUUUUUUAUUUUUUUUGUGGAAACCAUGAUACAGGGUGGUUUGAUUUUUCCGGAUUCUUUGAUAAAUAGAAAGUUUUGUUUAGUUUUCGUAAUGAUGAAGUCUUUACUGUCACUUUUAAUCAAUAAAAUGCGUCCUAUAUACAAGUAUUAAUUUCUUUCAAAAAAGAAAGAAAAUAAAUCUUAGUGACCAAUCUUACAAACUUUUGAACAGUAGUGUAUACUAUAAAUGACAAAUUAUAAAUGUAUGUCUUGAAAAAUAUUUGAAACUCUUUUUAAAGAUUAAAUUCAUAUUAAUUUUAGUUUUUUCAUUAUCUGCUGAACUAACAAAACGCUAGUUCCUUACUGACGUCACCAUUUAGGAAGUGGCAUCAUUUUGGUAGGAAACCAGCACCACAAGCAUCUUUAAAUAUUAGCAGUUAAUUUAAUGAAUUCUGUGAUGUUUUGUCAUUGUGGCUUGUCACUCUGAAACAUGUCAACUGUUUUAACUACAGAAAAUGACAGAAACCCUUUCUGAGCGCAGGCUGACUUUAGCUCUUUCUUUCUGACCUGUUAGGCAGGUUUCCUGUCAUUUGUCUGAAUAAUUCAUUUUUAAUGAAUGACAUUUAAGUGUCUGAAAUGACUUUUACACAAACACAACAGAGUGACAGUACUGCAUGACAGAAAUGACCCAAUCAGUGAUGAGCAAUAUUUAACACCGAAGCUUGCGAAUGUUAAUGACAGGCAGCAUCAUCACGUCUGUGUUACUGCUGACUAUUAUAAGCUGUAAUGAAUCCUUCGCCGCUCCCUGUUCACCAUGGGAUGUGUUAUACUGUAUGUCAGUCCGGUGACAGAGACACAAACGUGUUAUCAUCAGUGUGUAAUGUAAGGGCAGAAACAAAAUCCUUUUUUUUUUCUUUCUGUUCUCUGCCAUGGAGCUGUAGUCCUGUAGCUGAGGGAAGCCUUUCUGCUCUUUCUGUCUGUCAGUGUGUCGUGUGUUCGUCCAGAGUAACGAGAGGGGCUUGCGUUACUCACAAGUGUUUUAUUAUUAUUAUUAUUAUUUAGCAUUUUGAGAGUUUGGACUGAGAGUCUGUGGGAUUUUUACUUAUGUAUUUAUCAAGCAGGCCAGUCUUCUGCAAGGUCUGCAUUUGAAAAUUAUUUUAGCAUUCUUCAACAUACUGGUUUCAACAGCUAAAACUGAAGUUUUAUGUUGCUCAUAUAUACACAUCAAAAAUGAUAUAUUAAGAAGAUGGGAUUUGUUUGAAUUCUAUUAAUCCCUUUGUUAUUGUAAUUAUUGCUGUUGUUUUUUUACUUUUUAUUCAUUUUCUCUUGCAGUGCUGUGUCUGGCAUAGAAUAAAAUAAUAAUAAACAAUCUUCUGCAAUAUCA